CAAGUAACCGAACCGCAACGCCCAACCCGUCUUCGGAUUUGGGGAAGCCAGAACCCUAGUUCUUCAGCUGGGUUUUUUUAACAGAUUUUCCGAUUCUGUAGCGUAGAUUGCAAUCGAAGAGAUGGGGAGGAGGAUAUUGAACGAUGCGUUGAGGACGAUCGUGAAUGCGGAGAGACGAGGGAAAGCGUCAGUGGAGCUGAAGCCCAUCUCCAAUGUCAUGUCUUCUUUCCUCAAGAUCAUGAAGGACAAAGGAUAUAUAAAGAACUUUCAAGUGUAUGAUCCAAAUAGGGUCGGGAGAAUAACCGUCGAACUGCAAGGGAGGGUGAAUGACUCCAAGGCUCUCACCUACAGGCAAGACGUCAAGGCGAGAGACAUUGAACGGUUUACUGAACGAACACUUCCAACUCGUCAGUGGGGUUAUGUCGUACUUACGACCCCGGAUGGCAUUUUGGACCAUGAGGAAGCGGCUAAACGGAAUGUGGGCGGCCAGGUUCUCGGUUUCUUUUACUGAAACAGCCGAAGCUUUUCUUGAAUUUUUUUUUCUUUGAACAAGAUGACAGAAUAGAGAAGAGAUUUGUUGUUAGAUUUCAAGUUUGAAUUUUGAUGGAUAGGGUUUUAUAAACUUCUCUUUCAUUUCAGUCUUCGGACGGAACAACAAGUAGAACCCAACCAUACCUUAACUU